UUUUUGUGACGUAACACGCGCGUGCGCACUAGAAGCAUCACUGCUCUUUUUCGUCGGCUGCCGCGGCCUUCACGGAGGUAUUUGGUCUUCCCAGUGAUCGAAGCGAGGUCUCUAUUUAGACCGGCGCCAUGGCGAUGCAAGCGGCGAAACGCGCGAACAUUCGCCUUCCCCCUGAAGUCAACCGAAUUUUGUAUAUCAGGAAUUUGCCGUAUAAAAUCACAGCGGAAGAAAUGUAUGAUAUUUUUGGAAAAUACGGACCUAUUCGACAAAUCAGAGUAGGAAAUACUCCUGAGACUAGAGGAACAGCCUAUGUUGUCUAUGAAGAUAUCUUUGAUGCCAAAAAUGCAUGUGAUCAUCUGUCAGGAUUCAACGUGUGCAACAGAUACCUUGUGGUGUUGUACUAUAACGCAAACAGGGCAUUCCAAAAAAUGGAUACAAAGAAAAAGGAAGAACAGCUGAAACUCCUGAAGGAGAAAUAUGGAAUAAACACAGACCCACCAAAAUAAGAUCCUGGACCUUUGUGAGGAACCUGGGUCUAUGGACAGUUGUUUUAAUCCCUUCAUUAUUUUCUGGACUAAAAUAUUCCCUCAAAUAGGCACAUCGAUUUUAAAGCACUAAUGUCUUUAGUGCUUAAUUUUUUUUACAUAGAACACAUGACAAUUCCAGAUUCAGAAGAAUUUAUCGCCGUGUAACUCAGAUGUUAUUUUGUAGUUGGCGUUUCAAAAUAAAAACUAACCAUGGUAUUUGUUAUACUGCUGAUGAAAUUUCCUGGAAAUCAGAGGCUUAUACAAAAACGUUGUGCCUCAUUAAUAUAAUCAUUAACUAUAAGAAGGCAAGGAAAUGUAAAAUAAUUUUGAAGUUAAAUAUUGUAAAUCUGAUAAGUGAACACAUUUUUUCAAGUCUGAGUUUGAUUUCUGUCAUAAGGGCGUUUGUAUACUUUCAACUACAACAUUCUGUAUUACCUUGAGUGGUGUAAAGAGGCUGAUUUCAAAUGGGCAGAAUAUGAGAUAUAGAAGUGGGAUAUGUUGUAUUUUUAAGAUUGCCCCAUUGUUGAGAGGAGUCUGGUGCCCACACUUCCUCACUCAUUUGCCGCAGCAUUAUUAAGUCUGGAGUGUGCGAACAAGCUAAAACUGCCUGGCUCCUCCAUUGCAGGCUUUAAAGAUAAGAGGCACUUUGCGAUGCUGCCAACAUUAUAGCUGUUCUUAGUUAAGACAGGGUUUGGUUUCUCCGUUUGCUUUUCUCAUACACAAGUCCAGUCCCUUUAAUGAUAAAGAUUUAUGCUACGCGUCUGUAUACCACCUUCCUUUAUUGUUUGUUCAAAAAAGACUGUCAUUUCCGUGAUUAAAAUUGGUUAUGUGAUCCUGAGAUAAGUGCAUGUUGUGGGCAGCCCUCGUUCUUCUUUACCCUUCCAUUAACUUCAUAAAAGGUAGUGAUUAUACAGUUUGAAAGAUCAAAAAGGAUAAUAUACAUAGCUAUCCUGAACUAGCUCUAAUGGUGUUACUGUACUGAAUCUUCCCUCUCUUAGCAUUUUUCAGGGUAACAGAGACGAUGGAAAGGCGGGAGGGCAACCAAUCCGCAAAUUAUUUGGAACCAUUAAUUCUGAAUGCUACUUCAGUGUGGGUUUUUUGUUACUUUCCUGAGUGAUGGUGGCCAAUCGGGGCUCAGAAAGGGUAUGUAAUUGACAUCAAAGGCUACUUACUUAACAAACGUGGCUAUGUAGAGAUGGGAACAGCCUCUUGGAGGGCACACACAGUAUAUAACCAAUAUUACUAAAUUCCUGUUUAUUUUUUAUAUUAUAAAGUGCCUAUGUGCAAAAAGUGCUCAAUUACUGUAUAAAUGUUGUCUGAAUCAAUCACUCAUGAACAACAAUAUACUCAAUAACAUGAAGAGGGGGUCACUAUAUCAAUGCUAUGUACAUAUACACCAUCGGUACAGGAAAAUUCAAUUACUUACAUUCAUAAAUAGUAAUACAAAUUUUUCUUUCAGUUGUCUGAAGUUGACUUCAAUUGUUGGGUGUGCCUUCAGCAAUUUCUUCUUAUUAGUUGUAUUAAAGUCAAUAAAGUUCAUAGUACUGAU